CGCCGUUUGAGCUCUAGAAGAUGGCGUCGGUUAGGUCACCCCUCUCGUCGGAGUCCGAAGGGGAGCUUUAUGAGGUUGAAAAGCUUCUUGGAAAAAGAACUCACAAUGGCAAAGUGGAGUAUCUCAUACGCUGGAAAGGCUGCAGGAAAGAGGACGACUCAUGGGAACCAGUGAAGAAUUUGAAGGGCUGCCAACCUUUGAUUAAACACUUUAACAAAACACGUUCUCCUUCUCCAGGGAGAAAGGCCAAGACACCAAAGAAGUCUCAAGUAAUACAAAAAGUACAGACAACAACAACACCAAAAGUUGAAGAGUACACUAAACUGAAAACCCCAAGCACUCAAUCAUCAGAUUUUGUGAUUCUUCAUAGGAAAAAAGGGCCAAUAACUUACAAACAAGAAACAAAAGAAGAAAAAGAAGUUGAGAUUACUACAAAGACAGACACUGUGGGGGAGAUAAAAAUUGAGGAAAAGAAACCCAUCGCAGAAGAAGAGCCUUCCAAACCUUUACCCGAGGAAAAGACUACUGCAGUAGCAGUCAAUGCAAGAAAGGAGGUUUUAAAAGUUUUUGCUGCUUUAGUUGUCUUAACAUUUUUCAUUCUUAUUUUAUUCUCAUUUUUUCGUGUUGUAGGAGAUAAGUAAGUGUUUGCAAUUUAGUGCUUUUACACAAAGGUUUUAACUUGAUUUUAUAAUACAUUUAUAUUUGUUUAUAUUUUGUGGUAGCAGCUUAGGGAGUUAUGAAUGAGUAUUAGCAGGUUAUGGAUGUGUGGAAGAUACUACAUUGCCACAGGGAUAUGGAAUCUGUCUCUGCUUUUUUUUUUUUUUUUUUCUUUUUGAUGAUGUCUCUCACUUUUUAACUUUGCUCAUCUUCUCAAGACAAGAAGAGAAAUUCAAGAGGAUAAAUACUGAAACUCAAAGAAAUGUGAAAGUUUACUUUUAAGCCCAAAGGGGUUUGUAGGCUUUACUAUCAAGUGCACAUGUAACAAUUUUACUGAGUGCCAAAUUGAAGAUUCUGCAUUGAGAAAAUCUUAGACACACCUUUCUUGUAAUGCAUACAGAGGCUUGCAGCAUAUGUACUCAUGCUUGAAUGCUGCAAUAAGGUGGUGCAUCAGAGCUCUAUAGACCAUUAUUUUCCCAAUUACAAGUAGAUUUCCUGGAAUUUUCAAGUAGCAACACUACAACCCCAUAAAUAUCAGAUCAGCAAUGCUCCUUACAUACAUGUAAGGUCAUCUGAUCUUGUCAACUGUUCACUGCAAUGCAUAAUGUGUUGAUGCUUUAAAGAGGAGUUACAGUUUUAGACAGCCUUUUGCCUCUCCACCCCAAUACUAUUUACAAUUUACAGUUUUUUUUUUUUGCUUGGGCAAUUUUGUUAUUCCACUGAACUCUAAAAUUUUUGGAACAUUCUCAAGUUUGGUCAGUAUUUUAAUCUCAAACAAAUUCAGAUUCUUUUUGACAAACCCAAAGUCUGAAGAUUCAUUUUCUUAGUUGAAAGUUUUAAAGCCAAGACAGUACCUUAAGACUUGUGCUUCAGAGGUGUGUUAACUAACCAGAGGUAUAAAUUUUUCAGGAAAAGUCUUUCAUUUCAAUAAUUGAUAGUAUUUAUUUUUUAUGUCAAUGCAUCAGGUGAUAAUAAUUAUUUUAUGUCUUUCAUACAUGUUUGUAAUGGAUACAAACUAUGUGUACUUGAUAACUGGGAAGUGCUGCCAGUUGAAACAAAUACUUGUAGUUACAGCUUUGUACAGUUUUUUUAGUGAUAGUUGAAAUUCAACACUGUAGAAACGCCAGUUCUAACAAGAGAUAUUAAAGAAACAUUUGAAGAAUUGCCA